GGAAGGGGAGGGUCCUUUGUCUCCUGCCUGUCCUCCACGCUCCUUUUUGUCUUUGGUGCUCCUUCUUCUUUGCUUUGGAGAACUCAGGUAACCCUCAGCCUUUGUCACCCUCUGAACUGCGGGUUCUGAAACAUCUGCAAGAAGGAUCCCAGGGCACCACGGAAGUUGGAAAAUGGGACUGUUGACAUUCAGGGAUGUGGCCAUAGUAUUCUCUCUGGAGGAGUGGGCAUGCCUUGACAAUGCACAGCGGAAUUUGUAUAGGGAUGUGAUGUUUGAGAACUACAGAAAUUUAGUCUUCCUGGGUCUUGCUGCCUCUAAGCCAGACCUGAUCACCUGUCUGGAGCAAAGAAAAGAGCCCUGGAAUGUGAAGACAAGUGAGACAGUAGCCAAACACCCAGGUAGGUGGGAGUCAAUGAAGCAGAUGACACAGGUGAGAGCUCCAAAGGUCAAUGAGGAAGGCAGAUCUUAAAAAGUGCUUGGAAAACUCUGCUUCCAUGGAAAUGGGUUCUGGCAAUCCUGGGUUUCUUUCUCUUGAUCGUUGAUAGAGGCUUUCUUGUUCCAUAUUCUUAAAUUAUCUAAGGACUUUAUUUCCCAUCAGUGUUGUUGAUUAAGGUUAGAGUGAGAACAAAAGCCCUGCUCAAGGUUUAUCAGGGACUGCAGGUACUGACUGCUUUCCAUUACAUUGCAGGACAUGGAAAUAUGUGUGUAUAUUUGACAAAAUAUAUGGUAAAGCAUUUGUUUUGAGACAGAGUCUCACUCUGG